AUGGAAAAUUAUGAUCUUUUAGGAUUGAGUGGUGGAGAGAUUCUCCACCAGCAUCUCAUCAGCCAUGGCGUGGAUCAUGUCUUUGGCCACCCUAGGGCAGCGGUACCUUCGUUGUUUGGCGAUGUUUACAAGUCCCCUGUCAUCAGCUUCAUUCCCUCUCGACAUGAACGAGGAGCCGGCCACAUGGCUGAGGGCUACGCAAAGGCAACACGGAGACCGGGUGUUGUCUUUGUGGGUACUGACCCCAGGAGUUCCAAUAUGGUAACGCCGAUGCUCGAUGGGCUUUUGAAUAGAACACCGAUGGUAGUGAUCUGUGGUCAGGCACCCGACACGAAAGGAACCGACGGCUAUCAGGAGCUAAGCAUCAUACAGCAGGCCAGAGCAUGCACAAAAUGGAGGACUUCCGUACAGCGCCUUGGCCAGCUACCUAAAGCAAUCGAUGCUGCAUUUGCUCAUGCAGGGGGUAAACAGCCUGGACCGACCCUUGUGGACAUAUUACCUGGGAUUGGCGAAUCAGUCUUUGACUCACACGCAUUACAGGACUCAUCCAAUGUGUCUCUGGUAGUCCAGGAACUGAACGGGUUGGCUCGCGGUUGUAUAUCGCCCUCAGGUAGUGCUGACUAUAUGUAUGAGAAAAUUGUUCGGGUGGCCGACGUGAUUAAUCAGUCCAGAACCCCGGUAAUAUGUGCAGGCAAUGGGGUCCUGGCCACAGCCCGGGGUUGCAAAUUGUUGUCGAAGAUAUCUCGAAAGGCCCAAAUCCCCGUUGCCACGACGUUGCUUGGCCUGGGCUCCUUCGACGAAACCCGCGAAGAGGCCUUGCACAUGAUCGGCAUACACGGCGCCCCGUACGCUAAUUAUGCCAUUCGAAAUGCCGACUUGCUGAUCGUGGUGGGUGCCACCCUGGAUGAGCGAGCGGUAGGCAAUUCAGUUGGGUUUGCAGCAAAGGCUCUUGAUAAGGAUAGGGGAGGAAGGGGCAUCGUACAUUUUGACAUCAAUGCGGAGAAGUUGGGGAAGGUCAUCCAACCCACGGAAAUCAUUCUUGGAGAUCUCUCGGAGACGUUACCAAUACUAAUAUCCCUCUUGACUCCAGUGGAUGAGCGAGAUGGAUGGCUGGACCAAAUCCAGAUGUGGAAAAAGGAGUAUCCCUUUCAAAUACCUGUUGCGAGGGCCAAAAACCGACCACAUCCCGAACAGGUUGUGGCCGAGCUGAACCGCCAAACGACCCCAAUGAAGAGCAGCACGACAGUUACCACCAGCAUCGGUCAGCAUCAGAUGUGGACGUCCCAGCAUUUCCGUUGUACACACCCACAUUCGCUCAUCACCUCUGGCAGCUUCACUACCAUGGGAUUCAGCUUACCGGCUGCAAUUGGCGCUAAGCUAGCACUACCAGACCAACAGGUGAUUGCUAUGGAUGGCGAUGCGUCAUUUUGCACCACGAUGGAAGAGCUUAUAACCGCUCUGCAGCACCAGAUACAAAUAAAAGUGAUUGUAUUCAACAGUCGGCCAGGAGGAGCUCUUUCUCCGGCGGAGAAAUCAGUUUAUGAUAUAAAUAUUUGUUGCGAUUCUAAAUCCAGCCUAGACUUUGACCGACUAGCAAGGAGUAUGGGAUGCCAGGGGCAGCGGUGUGAACGGGUCGAGGAUCUCCCGCACGCUAUAUAUUGGUUGCUACGUUGUCGAGGACCGGCAUUGUUAGACGUAGCGACUAGCGAGCCGGAGGUAAUUCCAAUUGCGUCCAGUGGUACACCGCAGGGCACUGAUGUGGGUAUAGCAUACUGUGCAUGA